AUCAUCCUUCACAUCAGUUUGAAGGACUUUUUUCUUCUUCUUUAUCCUUCAUAUCCCUAAAAAAAAAUGGCGGACGAAGUUUAUGACGGUGCCGUCGGCAUCGAUCUGGGUACCACCUACUCUUGCGUUGCUACCUACGAGGGUAACAAUGUCGAAAUCAUUGCCAACGAGCAGGGUUCCUUCACCACCCCCUCCUUCGUUUCCUUCACGGACAAGGAGCGUCUCAUUGGUGAGGCCGCCAAGAACAAUGCUGCCAUGAACCCCAGAAACACCGUCUUCGAUGCCAAGCGUCUGAUCGGCCGUCGCUUCGAUGACCCCACCGUCAAGAAGGAUAUCGAGUCUUGGCCCUUCACCGUCAUUGACGAUGCUGGCAACCCCAAGAUCGAGGUUGAGUACCUCGGCGAGAAGAAGUCCUUCUCCGCCCAGGAGAUCUCCUCCAUGGUCCUCCUCAAGAUGAAGGAGAUUGCUGAGACCAAGCUCGGCAAGAAGGUUGAGAAGGCUGUCAUCACUGUCCCUGCCUACUUCAACGACAACCAGCGUCAGGCUACCAAGGAUGCUGGUGCCAUUGCUGGCCUCAACGUCCUCCGUAUCAUCAACGAGCCCACCGCUGCUGCUAUCGCCUACGGUCUGGGUGCUGGCAAGACUGACAAGGAGCGCAACGUCCUGAUCUACGAUCUUGGUGGUGGUACUUUCGAUGUCUCCCUGCUCAACAUCCAGGGUGGUGUCUUCACCGUCAAGGCUACCGCUGGUGACACCCACUUGGGUGGCCAGGACUUUGAUACCAACCUGUUGGAUCACUGCAAGAAGGAGUUCACUCGCAAGAGCAAGAAGGACCCCAGCAACGACCCCCGUGCUCUCCGAAGACUCCGCACUGCUUGCGAGCGUGCCAAGCGUACCCUCUCCAGCGGUGCCCAGGCCACCAUUGAGAUUGACUCUCUCUUCGAGGGUGAGGACUUCACCAUGACCAUCACCCGUGCUCGUUUCGAGGAGCUCAACGCCAAGGCCUUUGCCGGUACUCUUGAGCCUGUUGCCCAGGUCCUCAAGGAUGCUGCCAUCGAGAAGAGCGCCGUCGAGGAGAUUGUCCUGGUCGGUGGUUCUACCCGUAUCCCCAAGAUCCAGAAGCUUCUGUCCGAGUUCUUCGACGGCAAGAAGCUCGAGAAGAGCAUCAACCCCGAUGAGGCCGUCGCCUACGGUGCUGCCGUCCAGGCCGGUAUCCUCUCCGGAAAGGCCACCUCCGCCGAGACCGCCGACCUCCUGCUGCUCGACGUUGUUCCCCUGUCCCUUGGUGUCGCCAUGGAGGGUAACAUCUUCGCUCCCGUCGUUCCUCGUGGACAGACCGUGCCAACCCUGAAGAAGCGCACCUUCACUACCGUUGCCGACAACCAGCAGACCGUUCAGUUCCCCGUCUACCAGGGUGAGCGUGUUAACUGUGAGGACAACACCUCUCUGGGCGAGUUCACUCUUGCCCCCAUCCCUCCCAUGAGGGCUGGUGAGGCCGUCCUUGAGGUCGUCUUCGAGGUCGAUGCCAACGGUAUUCUCAAGGUUACCGCCACUGAGAAGUCCUCUGGCCGCAGUGCCAACAUUACCAUCUCCAACUCUGUCGGCAAGCUGUCUACCGGUGAGAUUGAGAAGAUGAUCAGCGAUGCUGAGGCUUUCAAGUCCAACGACGAGGCCUUCAGCAAGCGAUUCGAGGCCAAGCAGCAGCUCGAGUCCUACAUUGGCCGUGUUGAGGAGAUUGUCUCUGACCCUACCCUGUCUCUCAAGCUCAAGCGUGGCCAGAAGGAGAAGAUUGAGUCCACCAUCAGCGACGCCAUGGCCGCUCUCGAGCUUGGUGACAGCACCGCUGAGGACCUGAAGAAGCAGGAGCUCGCUCUUAAGCGCCUUGUCACCAAGGCCAUGUCCUCCCGAUAAAUGUAUUAAUCGGGGAGUGAUGAUGGGAUAAAACAGAGGGACGUGGUGGGAUUCCGGGAGUUGGGUGUGGAAAACAAAAAAUUUGGGCGACUGGUAGCAUAAGAAUCGCUCACUGGUCCUUAGCGCCUUGGGAAGAGCGCUAUCAUGGGAGGAAGACAAACCUCCUAUUUCCUUGUUUCAUAUUUUUCUCCAAAUCUGUGUCCAUUCAAUUGAGAAGAUACCGAGGCAUCUGAAGAGUUUUUUUUUGCAUUUUCACUCUCCUCGACUUCUUGCAUGGGUGCAAUAAUGACAUGCCAAAUAGCUGGGGAUUCAUGAAAAGAAUGACGACGAUGCUGCUACACAUUGGGAGGAACCCAUUCGUGUGAGGCAGGAACGAUAUGUGGACUACGCAUAGACUCGGUAGAAUGGAAAUUACGGAUUAAAACCGUUAAACUUA